AUGCAGUGGACUGUGCAUGCUUGCUCUAGCCUUGGUGGUUUGGGGAGCCAGUGCUCCCUUCUGUAUAAAGGGGCUCUGCUUCAGGGGGUGUCUGUCCAUGUCGGCUCCGGGCGCACAGACCACACCGGACCUACGCAGCCCGCCGUGCGGCCCAGUCGCCCUGCUCAAUUCCGCCUGGAGCUAGAAAUUUUCCGGGCAGCGACAGCAAGCUACGCACGCAUUGCCGACGAGCGAGCGAAGCGCAGAGCAAAUCUCAUCGCAAGCACCCUCCCCCGCCAGACCCGACCCCAGUGUUCUUCGUCGUCGAGUCGAUUCCGCAGCGAUGACGGGCACAGCGAAGCCGAUCCGCCUGCCACCGCUCAAGGUGCUGCGCGUCAAGAACCCGAACCGCCAGGGCGACCGGCCGUGUAUGGCCAUCAUGUCUUCCGUGCUGGGUACGUCGUCCCGUUGCCCCCUAUUCUAGCUCUCUCUCCAUUCUUGGGGUCGGGCCUGAAGAAAGAGACACCCGCUGACCCUCGAACCACAUACAGCUUGCUGGGCAUCCUCCGGAUACAGCACGGCCGGAUGCGCCCAGAUGGAGUCGGCACUGCGAGCCUGCAUGGACGGACCACAACCGCCGCCUGCCAAGAGAAGCGAGAUCAACUAUCACUUGUCGAGAUUCCAGUCGAGAGUUGCUGGCGUGAAGAAGCCGUAGACGACGAGGUGCAACGGAUUGCGCGGGCCUCACUAGGCAAAAUCAUCUUCAGGAGAGCAGGACGAGGAUAUCACGAGGGAGUGGACGGGAUGGGAUGGGCGAUGCACGAACGCACGACCAAGGGGGAUAUGACAGAACGCAAUCCGGCCUACACAACAAGCAUCUGCGAAAGCCCCCGACCCACCAUGUCACCCUUGACAGUGUACACUACCACAAACAUAUAA